AUGACGGUGGGCAAUUUGGGUGUGUGCUUUGGUCCGACACUGCUACGACCGAAAGAGGAGACGAUGGCCGCAAUUAUGGACAUUAAAUUCUGCAAUGUGGUGGUUGAAGUUCUAAUAGCGCAUUGUGAACAGAUAUUCGGCACCGAACCUCCGAAAUCCAUUGGACAGCCAUGUCCACCCAAACCAGAUCAUCGAAGCAUUCAUCAAGAGUCAAGUCAUCCAGUGAUUUCGCUAAGUGUAUCGGCAACGUCGUCAGUGCCCACUUCCACACCAGUACGGCCACGAGCUUUCGUACCAUCGCCGCCGGCAAUUCGUGCUCAUGCAGCUGCAGGUUCAGCAACUGGCAAUUUGGCUUCUACCAAUAGCCAUAUCUAUGAUGUUCCUCCCGAAGCUGCGUCAUCAUCAAAGCUGUUGCCGACCUACGGUGCUGCGAGCUCGUCGGCUGCGACCACUCCAACGACACCACCGUCCCAGUCGGCCAGUGUUUUAUCCACUCGCACACCGGGUACAGCUGCGGCUUCUUCGUCUUCACGAGCUGCUGCUCACUGUGAGAGUUCGGACUCACUGAAUUCACUCAUCAGUGGAGGCAGUGACAGUCCGAAAGCAAGCGCAUCGAGUAAGGUGUCAGUUGAGUCAAGAGGCAAAGUGAGCACCUCAUACGCUCCGGCCUACAACCCGCUUGCAUGUGAAACCCGCCGCAGCAGCAGCAGACCGGUCGGGGUGCCGUCGACGUCCACGUCGACAAUUUCGGUGCCGAACAAUUCAUCAACGACCUCCUCAUCAGAAUGUCCCGUGCAACGUAUCUCUCCGAUGUACUCAUCUAUGAUAAAUCCGGUUGUCUCACUGCAACCGAGAACGUGUGAGACAUUGUACGCCUGCACACCGGAUCACGAGUCAGAGCUGUCGUUUCAACCAGGUCAAAUUAUAACAAAUGUGUACGAGUCGAAAGAAGAAGGUUGGUUGGUUGGCACACUCAAUGGAAAGACUGGUCUAAUACCAUGCAACUAUGUGGAACCAUUGCCG